AUGACCGGUCGGAGGAUGCGGCCGACCGCCUGGGUGCUCGGCGUCAUCGCCAUUGUCUCCAUCAUGAUCACUGUCACUACGUCAGAAACGGGAGAGAGCGGCGUCAUCGAGCGUAGCGUCAAUCGUCCCGACGAGGAGGAUCGGCAAGUCGACGAGAGGAUCCUCGCGAAGAAUCGCACCGCCGAGACCGUUUGGUUCCGCGACGCCGACGACAUCGUCGACGGUAACAACGAUACAGCGAUCCUUGAAGAAACGAUCGCCGCAUUCGCGAUCCGACUUGCGGCGGAAUACACGACCUCGAAGGACUCGUCCUCGCUCGUCGUCGUCGUCGUGACGGAGGCUCACUCGGAAAACACGUCCAAGAGGCACGCGGACGACGAGGCGAUAUCCGCCUCGAGGAGGAUCGCGGACUCGGAACAGGCGGAGGAAGCAUUGGCGAUCCUGGAGGACGCGCGAGAGGCGAACGAGACCGCGGUGGGGAAGUCCAAGGACGAUUGGCUGACAGUGUCGGUGGAGGAGGCGAAGGAAGAAGAAGAGGAGGCGAAUAAUGAAGAGGCGGAGGAGGACGCAACGGAAGUGAAAUUCAGCGGGCAGAGGAACGUGGACGACAUCCGGGCGAUCUCGUUUCAAGUGCCGCCGUUGGAGGUUAAAAAGGAGGCUCACCGGGACGAGCAGAGCAAGAGUCCCGCUGGACGAAUCAAAAACGAGAGGACUGAGGAGGCGAGGAAGAUUCAGUCGAAGCCGGCGAACAACCUGCUGCUGACCGGCAAGUCGACGAAAGCCUUCUAUGAAAUCAAGCCGUCGAUCAGGACGCUCGAGAUGGAGCGCACCCACGAGCAAGCGACCACCCACCGCUCUUUGUCGGGCAGGAAGUUCGUCUUGCCUAGCGUGGACAGCGCCUACGGGAAGUUCGGGCCGUACUUCGAAGACGGCGAUCGAGAGCUGAACAUCACCGCGAGGAUCGGCAGCACCGUCUUGUUGGACUGCAAGAUCGGCAUGUUGGGCGAUAAGCAGGUGACGUGGCUGCAGCACAGCAAAGACUCCUUUCGGCUGCUGACGGUCGGCAGGAUACCGUACAGCGUCGACCAAAGGAUCAGUCUCAAUUUUCGGUACCCCAGCAACUGGAGGCUGCAGAUUCUGUACGCGAGCCCGCGCGACUCCGGCUUGUACAAAUGCCAGGUCGCCACGCACCCGCCGCUGGUGAAAAAAAUCAACGUCGUCGUAACGGCCCCAGCUCUGACGAUCAGCGACGAUUCGGGACGUAUAGUUUCCAAGGAGAGACACCUGAAGGCGGGCAGUAUCCUCAGGCUCAGGUGUGAGGCGAGGGACGUGCUCGAGUCGCUGAACGAGUCCGUCGUUUGGACCAGAGGAGACGAGACGCUCACUGAGGACGUCAGCGAGAACAGGACGACGGAGAUCUCAGCGGGCAAGGAGGUCCUCGUCAUUGUCAGUACCCUCAUCGUCGAGAGAGCCAGCCCGAGGCACGCCGGGAACUACAGCUGCAUGGUGGCCGGCAAAGCCAAGACCACCGUCGCGGUCCACGUCCUCAACGGUGAACUGCCAGCCGCCGUGCACGACGGCAACGGAGUUUCAAGAGCGUUCCUUAAUCUUUGGCUGGUUCACUUGACGAUGAGCUACGUUUUCACCAGAUGA